CUGCCCCAGACUGCUUGAUGGCCCCUUUCCUAGCAGAGAAUGGAAGUCCGGUCCGACCAUCACCACCAUCGGGAUGAUGAGCCCGUCAUUUCCGUCACGGGCCACGAACCCAGACCUCCAUCGCCGACUGCCACGACUCAUUCCCGUGGCCAAAAUCGUGUCGAACGAGACGCGUUAGAACUCCACCAAAUUGAGACACAGCUGGAUAAUGAAUUCGGCUCCUCAACAGGAUCGAUCUCCUCUGGCGAGUAUCGCAUUACUACUCGUCGGACGGCAUCCCGCACCAGUCAACGCACGGAACGAAGUCAAGCGCCACGUAAGGGGCUCUUAGGGAAAGUUCAGCGUUUUUGGACACGCAACGUGGUUUUGACUGUUCCGCAAAAAAGUAACCGCGAUCACUUUGCGCUGGAGCGGACAUUCCUCGCCUAUAUCCGGACAUCAGUGGUCAUCGCAAUGCAAGGCGUACUAAUCGCUCAGCUCUUUCGCCUCCAACAACAACCUUCACCCGCUGAUCAAUUGACAUACUAUGAAGUAGCCAUCCCCCUUUCUGUGACUUGUCAUUGCAUUGCCGCCGUUGUAGCAGUGAUAGGGGCGUGUCGCUUUUGGAAACAACAGAAUGCGGUCGCAUUGGGAACCGUCUAUGCCGGCGGUUGGGAGUUGAAUUGUAUCGGACUACUAAUCGCAUUGAUAAUCUUGGCGCUUUUUGUCUUAUCAAUUGUGGUCAUGGUUGAACUUGAAUAAUAAGAAUCAAAAGCUCGAGAAAAGUAAUAGACUUGUACAGUACGGCUAUUGGAUGGCUAUCACAUUGUUGAUCAAUAACAUGGCAUCUAGUGUACAGGAUAGGCAGAGGCAAAAUAAUUAUGCUCUGAAUCUAAUGAAAGCAAGCUUUGACAUCU